AUGGAUAAUCUUCAAUAUGGGUCACAAUUUGACGGCCAAGAACAAAUGGGGGGAGAUGGCCCAUUGGACUUUGAAGAAGCUGAAGAUAUGAAUGGAGUACGUUUAUCAUGGAAUUGUUUCCCUUCUACAAAAGCAGAAGCUGCUAAGAUAGUUGUUCCUACUGGUGCAUUAUAUACACCAUUGAAAGCCAAAGAAGAUUUGGCUAUUGCCCAAUAUGAUCCUGUUAUAUGUCAAAAUGCUAGUUGUAAGGCUAUUUUGAAUCCUUAUUGUUCUGUUGACCCCAGUGGUUUUUGGAUGUGUACAAUGUGUAAAAACAGAAAUGGAUUACCUGGUGUUUAUAAAGGAAUCAAUUAUGAUAACUUACCAUUGGAAUUAAAUGCUGCUAAUUCCACCAUUGAAUAUAUUACUGCCAGACCUGUGCAAAACCCUCCGAUCUUCAUGUUUGUUGUGGAUACUUGUCAAGAUGAAGAUAAUUUGAAUGCCUUGAAGGAAUCUUUAACGAUUUCUUUGAGUUUCUUACCUCCAAAUGCAUUGGUUGGGUUCAUUGCUUAUGGAACAAUGGUUCAAGUUUAUGAUUUGGGCUCAGAAAAGAUCAACAAAUCAUAUAUCUUUAGAGGUGAUAAAGAAUAUACAGAAAAACAAAUCAGUGAAAUGUUAAAUAAACCAACAUUAAGUCCAGGCCAUGGAGGAGGAAUCCAUGGGGGACCACAAUUUGUUAAUUCUUUAAGUAGAUUCUUAUUACCUGUUGAAGAUGUUGAAUUUGGUUUAACUGCUAUUUUGGAAAACUUGAGUAAAGAUUCAUGGCCUGUAGCUCAUGGAAACAGACCUUUUAGAUGUACUGGAUCUGCUCUUAACGUUGCCACUACUUUAUUAGGAUCUGCUUUCCCUGGUACAGGUGCCAGAAUCAUGUUGUUCACCGGAGGUCCAUGUUCUUUAUCACCUGGUUUGAUUGUUGGCCAACAUUUGAAAGAAGCUCUUAGAUCUCAUAGUGAUAUUGAUAAGGAUAAUAGUAUUGCCAAGCAUAUGAAGAAAGCAACGAAAUACUAUGAAAUGAUUGCUGAUAGGGCCGUUAAGAAUUCCCAUAUUAUUGAUAUUUUUGCUGGUUGUUAUGAUCAAACUGGGUUAUAUGAAAUGAGAGGCAUGUCUAAUAAAACUGGUGGAACCAUUUUAUUAACCGAUGCUUUCACCACUUCUAUUUUCAAACAAUCAUUCCUUAGAUUGUUUAAUAAGGAUUCCGAUGGAUAUCUUCUUAUGGGAUUCAAUGGUACUUUAGAAGUUAAAACUUCUAGAGAAUUAAAAGUAAGUGGAUUAAUUGGACAUGCAAGUUCAUUGAAUAUUAAAUCACCAAAUGUUUCUGAAAAUGAGUUGGGUCUAGGAGGUACUUCACAAUAUAGAUUAUGUGGGAUUUCACCUCAGGAUUCCUAUGCUGUAUUCUUUGAUAUUGCUAAUACUCAACCAUUACCACCAAAUUCCCAAUGUUUUAUUCAAUUUGUUACUCAUUAUCAACAUUCUUCUGGGACAUUUAGAAUUAGAGUCACUACUAUUUCCAAUUAUUUGACUCAAGAUGAACAAACAUUGACCAAUUCCUUUGAUCAAGAAGCUGCUGCUGUCCUUUUAGCCAGAGUUACUUUAUUCAAAGCAGAACAAGAUGAUGGUGCAGAUGUUUUAAGAUGGGUUGAUCGGAUGCUUAUCAGAUUAUGUCAGAAAUUUGCUGAUUAUAGAAAAGAUGUUGGAGAAUCUUUUAGAUUACCUCCACCAUUCUCCUUAUUUCCUCAAUUCGUAUAUUACUUGAGAAGAUCACAGUUCUUACAAGUGUUUAACAAUUCUCCAGAUGAAACAGCAUUCUAUAGACACGUUUUCGUCAAUGAAGAUACCAACAAUUCAUUACUUAUGAUUCAACCAUCAUUGACAUCCUUUUCAUUGGAUAAUGAACCAGAACCCGUGCUUUUGGAUUCUGUUUCCAUUAGAGAUGAUCGAAUCUUGUUAUUGGAUACCUUCUUUCACAUUUUAAUUUACCAUGGGAAAACCAUAGCUCAAUGGAGAAAAGCUGGAUACCAAGAUUUACCAGAUUAUGAAAACUUCAAGAGUUUGUUAGAAUUACCCAAACAAGAAGCCAUUGAAUUAUUAUCUGAUAGAUAUCCAUUACCAAGAUUUAUUGAUACAGAAGAAGGUGGUUCUCAAGCAAGAUUCUUAUACGCCAAAUUGAAUCCUUCCACCACUUAUAACAAUAAUUCUACAUUUGGUGCUGGUGGAGCAAUUGUAUUGACCGAUGAUGUGUCUUUACAAGUAUUUAUGGCUCAUUUACAGAAGUUAGUUGUUAGUGGAUCUAGUUAA